CAAACUGUUUAAAUAGUAAAUAUCUUUUCCCAACAAAAUCUGCAUCAUCGCAUAUUCGUGGGACAGAUGUAUUACGUUCAAUUGCAAUUGACUGUGGAGCUGAACAUCCGAAAAGGCUUCGUUCUACAAUGACUAGGCUUUUUAACUUGUCUGAAAAUGAAAUAGACAUUCUAGCUAAAUUUCUUGGUCACGACAUUCGGGUACAUAGAGAAUUCUACAGAUAACCAGAUGGAACCAUGCAGGUUGCCAAAGUCAGCAAGCUGCUCAUGAUGAUGGAAAAUGGGCAAAUUACCAGAAAUUCUGUCAAUUCGCUAGACGAUAUUGAUGUGGACGACGAAUGUAUUGUAGAUGAACAAUAUUCUUCUGAAUUAUCAGAAAAUGAAAAUACUGAAGACCUUGAAACUCUGCUUCCCAGCACCAGUCAACCAAAAAUAACAGACAAAGAAAAGGGUACUUCAAAUACCAGGAGAACAAAACAAGCAGCCAAAAAGCAACGGAGUGAAGACGAAACCAGGAGCUGUUCACAGACACUUAGAUCGUUUUUUGAUAAUUGGUAAAUUACCAGGGAAAAAAUCAUUACUUGCAUGUAUUGAAAGUGAGAAUGACCUUCACAACAGAAGUUGGAAAAAUGUCAAAGACUUUUGCAUAAAUUUAAUUGAAACAAAAACGCGACGGGGACUUUUAACUUAAAAAAAUAUAACACAUAUAAUGCACGUUUAGGAGAAUACGUUAAAGGAUGAAGUUGCCACAUGUGUUUUGUGUGUUUUCUUGUUCUAUAUACUCUUUUCGAAAACGAUAUAUGUGUGCUUAUUGUAUUUGAAUGUUUUAUUAAUACGGUUCAGUCAAAAACGAUAUUUGUUCAUUAUCAUA